AGAGCCGUAGUUUCUUCCAUUCUGUUUUGGACAUGCGCGGGGCGUAAGGCGCUUUGGCCAGAGUGGUUUGAUGGUUUUGUGUCAGUCUUCCUACAGCUGAGCUUCCACAAGACACUUUUUCCCUUUCAGCCACCCAAGAUCUCGCGAGACUUGCUAUUCUGCGCCCCCUCCCACCUUGCGCAUGCGCAGAUCUUCAAAGCAGAAGGUCGCGCUUGGAGGAAGUGGCGGCUUUGAGUCCGGUGGCCCAAGCGCUGUUACUACUUCUCUGAAGCUCCUCUCGGCUGCUUGCCGAGACACCCUGCCGCCAAGAUGCCUCGAAUUAUGAUCAAGGGGGGCGUAUGGAGGAAUACCGAGGAUGAAAUUCUGAAAGCAGCGGUAAUGAAAUAUGGGAAAAAUCAGUGGUCUAGGAUUGCCUCAUUGCUGCAUAGAAAAUCAGCAAAGCAGUGCAAAGCCAGAUGGUAUGAAUGGCUGGAUCCAAGCAUUAAGAAGACAGAAUGGUCCAGAGAAGAAGAGGAAAAACUCUUGCACUUGGCCAAGUUGAUGCCAACUCAGUGGAGGACCAUUGCUCCAAUCAUUGGAAGAACAGCGGCCCAGUGCUUAGAACACUAUGAAUUUCUUCUGGAUAAAGCUGCCCAAAGAGACAAUGAAGAGGAAACAACAGAUGAUCCACGAAAACUUAAACCUGGAGAAAUAGAUCCAAAUCCAGAAACAAAACCAGCGCGGCCUGAUCCAAUUGAUAUGGAUGAGGAUGAACUUGAGAUGCUUUCUGAAGCCAGAGCCCGCUUGGCUAAUACUCAGGGAAAGAAGGCCAAGAGGAAAGCAAGAGAGAAACAAUUGGAAGAAGCAAGACGUCUUGCUGCCCUCCAAAAAAGAAGAGAACUUCGAGCAGCUGGCAUAGAAAUUCAGAAGAAAAGAAAAAGGAAGAGAGGAGUUGAUUAUAAUGCCGAAAUCCCAUUUGAAAAAAAGCCUGCCCUUGGUUUUUAUGAUACUUCCGAGGAAAACUACCAAGCUCUUGAUGCAGAUUUCAGGAAAUUAAGACAACAGGAUCUUGAUGGGGAGCUAAGAUCUGAAAAAGAAGGAAGAGAUAGAAAAAAAGACAAACAGCAUUUGAAAAGGAAAAAAGAAUCUGAUUUACCAUCAGCUAUUCUUCAAACUAGUGGUGUUUCUGAAUUUACUAAAAAGAGAAGCAAACUAGUACUUCCUGCCCCUCAGAUUUCAGAUGCAGAACUCCAGGAAGUUGUAAAAGUAGGCCAAGCGAGUGAAAUUGCACGUCAAACUGCCGAGGAAUCUGGCAUAACAAAUUCUGCUUCCAGUACACUUUUGUCUGAGUACAAUGUCACCAACAACAGCGUUGCUCUUAGAACACCACGAACGCCAGCUUCCCAGGACAGAAUUCUGCAGGAAGCCCAGAACCUCAUGGCCCUCACCAAUGUGGACACCCCAUUGAAAGGUGGACUUAAUACCCCGUUGCAUGAGAGUGACUUCUCAGGUGUAACUCCACAGCGACAAGUUGUACAGACUCCAAACACAGUUCUCUCUACUCCAUUCAGGACUCCUUCUAAUGGAGCUGAAGGGCUGACUCCCCGGAGUGGAACAACUCCCAAACCAGUUAUUAACUCUACUCCGGGUAGAACUCCUCUUCGAGACAAGUUAAACAUUAAUCCCGAGGAUGGAAUGGCAGACUAUAGUGAUCCCUCUUACGUGAAGCAGAUGGAAAGAGAAUCCCGAGAACAUCUCCGUUUAGGGUUGUUGGGCCUUCCUGCCCCUAAGAAUGAUUUUGAAAUUGUUCUACCAGAAAAUGCUGAGAAGGAGCUGGAAGAACAUGAAAUAGAUGAUACUUACAUUGAAGAUGCUGCUGAUGUGGAUGCUCGAAAGCAGGCCAUACGAGAUGCAGAGCGUGUAAAGGAAAUGAAACGAAUGCAUAAAGCUGUCCAGAAAGAUCUGCCAAGACCAUCAGAAGUAAAUGAAACUAUUCUAAGACCCUUAAAUGUAGAACCGCCUUUAACAGAUUUACAGAAAAGUGAAGAACUAAUCAAAAAAGAAAUGAUCACAAUGCUUCAUUAUGACCUUCUACAUCACCCUUAUGAACCAUCUGGAAAUAAAAAAGGCAAAACUGUAGGGUUUGGUACCAAUAAUUCAGAGCACAUUACCUAUCUGGAACAUAAUCCUUAUGAAAAGUUCUCCAAAGAAGAGCUGAAAAAGGCCCAGGAUGUUUUGGUGCAGGAGAUGGAAGUGGUUAAACAAGGAAUGAGCCAUGGAGAGCUCUCAAGUGAAGCUUAUAACCAGGUGUGGGAAGAAUGCUACAGUCAAGUUUUAUAUCUUCCUGGGCAGAGCCGCUACACACGGGCCAAUCUGGCUAGUAAAAAGGACAGAAUUGAAUCACUUGAAAAGAGGCUCGAGAUAAACAGGGGUCACAUGACGACAGAAGCCAAGAGGGCUGCAAAGAUGGAAAAGAAGAUGAAAAUUUUGCUUGGGGGUUACCAGUCUCGUGCUAUGGGGCUCAUGAAACAGUUGAAUGACUUAUGGGACCAAAUUGAACAGGCUCACUUGGAGUUACGCACUUUUGAAGAACUCAAGAAACAUGAAGAUUCUGCUAUUCCCCGGAGGCUAGAGUGUCUAAAAGAAGACGUUCAGCGACAACAAGAAAGAGAAAAGGAACUUCAACAUAGAUAUGCUGAUUUGCUGCUGGAGAAAGAGACUUUAAAGUCAAAAUUCUGAAGUACAGUUUAUAUUCUGUCACAGGAUUAAUUAAUUGCCGGUUUUCAUACUCUAGAAGGCUGAAACUGAUGUUUAUCUUCAUUGACAAAUUUACCCACCAUCUGUGGUUUUUCAGUUGUUUAUUUUAAAUGAUAUCGAUCUUACACAUUCUGUGUAUAAAGACCUUAACUCCACAGGACGGACAUUUUAGAGUUUAAAUUAUUAAGGCUAUCAUUCUUUUAGUAAUGUCAUAUUUGCAAACUUUUUUAGUUUUGGCCUUUAAUUUAAAAAGCCUAAUUUUAAAGUGCUGCCUGUGAGUAACUCUUGAAUAAAAACAAAAUAUAAAAAAUUGAGAAUGUAGCCUUUUGUUUGAAGUAAUUAGAUACUUAAGAGUGCCCGCAAACCAGCAGCUAUGUACUCUGUGUCAUAUUUAAUGAGUAACUCUUGGGUAAUCAAAAUGGUGAUGCAGUAUCUUAAACACUUAAGAGGCAGUUCUUUGUGGCUUUGUUAGUUUCAGCAAAGAGUGGUCAUUUCUGUAUACACUGACAAGUUAGAUUAACUUUUUAGUACCUCAAAUUUUUUUUUUUUUAAUAUCACUUUAAAGAAGGUCUCUUGUCUGCCAGCUACUUAAAUAAUUUAUGGGUCAGGGCUUAAAAGAUUUAACUUCCUUGCCCCAUUAUUUUCUUAUAAGUAUUUUUUGACAAAGGCAUUUUAAAAGUUAAUUUCAAGAAGGCCAUCAAACUUAAAGCUCUAUGUUUAGCGUAAGAAGUCAGUUACAUCAGUGUAGAAUUUGGGGAAUGGAUAGAGGUGGAGAUAUUUAAUUUUAUAUAAUUCAUAUAAAUUGAUUUAGUUACAGUAUCAGUUGGCUACAAGCUCAUUAUAGGCCAGCAAUGUUUUGACAUCACCAAAAACGUUUGCCCAGUCUUAGAAUACUAGGGACUAUAGGAAGGGAAGGGAUUCAUUCAUUCAUUCGAUAUUGAAUGUAUACCCUGUGCCAGAGUCUUAGAGAGAGAACAACAAACAAAAUAGGCCUAGUUCUUGUUUAGUAGAGCUUAUAGUCUUUUGAGAAUGACAGACAAUUAAAAUCCAAAUGUUUAUUUGGUGAUUCUUAUGUGUCAGACACUUAAGUGUUGGGAGAUAAGCAGUUAUUAAGACAGAGUUCUUGCUCUCAUGGAGGUGACAUUAGUGGGGAGGAGAUACUAAGUAUGUCCAGGGAAAGUAUCAGACCAUGAGUUUUAGAUUCUGUGGAGGAAAUUAAAGUAGGGUGAUUAUGAGAUAGUGAAUGAGUGGCUAUUUUAGACUGGACAAUCAAAGAGACCUCUUGGAAGGCAGCUAUGCUCACCACUAUACCACUGCACUAUGCCGCACCGUACCACUAUAAGCUGCACGGCCAAAGAGACCUCUUAAAGAAGUAACAUUUAAGAUAACAUGUGAUUGACAUUUUAGAAUGGGCUAUCCUUGUGAGAUUCAAGGAAAGAACAUCCUAGGUGGAGUGAAUAGCAAACAUAAAGCCUCUUUUGUAUGUUUGAGGAACAAAAAGGACAAUGCGGCUUGAGUGUCAAGAAUGGCAUUUCUGUAUAUAAGACCUCGUUGUAUAGAGCCACAUAAAUAAGGCUAUAAUAAGGAAUUUGGAUCUUACUUUAAAUAUGAUAAGAAUCGAUGAGAAGAUCUAAGCAAAGGAAUGACAUGAUCAGAUUUGGUUUUAGAAACAUCACUAUCUCCUUAGUGUGUAAAAUCUCACCGGGCUGGAGAUAGGGAAGCCAGUCCAAUUAGGAGCCUGAUGCAGUGAUCCAGACAAAAAAAUAAUAGUGAUUCUAACUAGAGUCCAGGUAAUAGUAGUGGAGAUAUGUGGAGAGACAUGAUAGGUAUAUAGUCUUAUCAGACGAUAAAUUGAUAUUUUCCUGGUGUGUAGUCACUUAAUUCAAAUACUUUUUUCAGUAAGUUCUGGGUUUUCUAGGAAAAACUUCAGUAUCAUCAGUAAAUAAUGAUAGUGUUUCUUCUGAUAGUUUUAUUUCACUUUUAUUGCAUGUUUUGUUAUCUGAAAUGUUUAGGACAAUGUUAACAAUAAUGAUGUUAGACAUUUUUUUUUUCUUAUUUUAAUGGGAAUGUCCAUAGUUUUAAGUUUGCUGUUGGGAGUUAGAUAGUCUUUAUCUGAAAGACAGUGUCUCUCUUUUAGUUUUUAAAGAGUUUGAAUUAGAAAUGGCUCUGGAACUUUAAACAAUAUACCAUUUGGGCAUCUAUUAAAGCAUUCAUAUAAUUGUUCUCAUUUGAUGUUUUGAUGAGGUAUAUUAAUAGAUUUUCCCACAUUAAAUCAUCUUUGCACUCUUGGAAUCAGGUAGAUUAAUUUUUAAAAGAAAUUUUAAAGGAUUUAUAGUUUAUUUGCAUUUUUUGUAGACGAAUUAUAUGGAUUUAAAAGUUGAUCUAAUAUUAAUAAAGGCUCACUUUGUUUUCAAAAUUUGAAGUAAUUCACAUACUUACAGCCUAAAAAAAUCGGCAGGAAUUACAAAAUUUCAAAACUGGCGCAUUGUAAACUGCAUAUGCAUUUGCCAGGUAGUGGUGCCACUUGAAAUGGUGAACAGACACACUGUUAUCCUUUGUCAGUAUCCUGUAAAGCUCAGGAUUCUUUACCAGCACCAUACAGUGAUUUUGGUGACUAUUUUAACAUUCACACUGAGGCCAGGGGUGGUGAGUCAUGCCUGUAAUCCUAGCACUUUGGGAGGCCAAGGUGGGAGGAUCAUUUGAGCUCAGGAGUUCAAGAUUAGCCUGGGUAACAUAGUGAGACCCUGUCUCUAUUAAAAAAUAAUAAUAAAAAUAACAUUCACAUUGGUAUUGUUCACUAAGGUAUUGGUUGUUAAGGCAUUCAUUAAGGUAUUGUUAAAACUUGUGUUAAGCAUGUUAAAGUCUCAGUAACUUUGGGAUAGAAAUAAAAUGUGAUAAAAAGCUGAAAGAAACCACCACAAGGGAGAGUCCUUUUUGAAAUAUUAGAGACAUAAUGCUGUCUAAUAAAAAACGACAUCAAAGAAAAACUACACUACAGUGACUGCAGACUUAAUGUUGGCCAACCAUGCAUCCUCCCUAGAAAUGCAUUUGAAUUUGAUUUACUAAUCUUUUAUUUAGGAAAUUUACAUUUUUACAUUAGUGAGAUUGGUCUUUUGGGCUAUUGUACUUUUUUUUUUUUUGAGAUGGAGCCUUGCUCUCUCACCCAGGCUGGAGUGCAGUGGUGCAAUCUUGGCGCACUGCAACCUCUGCUUCCUGGGCUCAAGUGAUUCUCUGCCUCAGCCUUCCAAGUAGCUGGGACUACAGGCAUGUGCCACCGCACCUGGCUAAUUUUUGUAUUUUUAGUAGAGAUGGGGUUUCGCUAUGUUGGCCAGGCUGGUCUUGAAUUCCUGACCUCAGGUGAUCCACCUAGCUCGGCCUCCCAAAGUGCUAGAAUUACAGGUGUGAGCCACCAUGCCCAGCCUGGUUAUUGUAUUUUGAUAUUGGGAUUUUGCUAGCUCUCUAAAGUAAAUAGGAUAACUGUAUAUCUUUUUCUGUGCAUUAAGCAGUUAUAACAUGGGAAUGAUUUGUUCAUGAAAGGUUGAAAGUCUGUACUUAUAGAACUUUUGAGUUCACAGUGCUUUCUGGAAAUAAUUUCUUUAUAACUGUCAGUUUCUUUUGUGACUAUUAUGUUAUCUAUUUUUAAAUUUAAGCAACUUUAAAUUAAAAAAUUGUUUUAAAAUAUAUUCUUCCUUUUAUGUUUAUUUAGUAAAUUUAGGUAAUGUAUACUUUUUAAGAAAUAUUUUUAUUUUGUUCAAAUUUAAACAUCUGUUGUUAGCAGAAAAUUCUAAUAGCAAUUUCUUUUCUAUUAACUUUGCCAUUUCUAAGUUCUAGGAAAUUUACCUUCUCUUAAUUCUACCACUUUUUACUUGACUAGACUUGUUAAGGAUAUACAUUUUCUGUUCAGAAAACUAGUGUUUUUAUUGGCUUAUCUAUUGUGAUUUUGUUUUAAAAUAUGUUAAUUUCUCAAUUUAGGCUUAUUAUUUUGUUUUCUGUAGUUUUUUGACUUUUUGAGACUGAUGCUUAUUUUUUGCUUGUAUACAAAUGAAUGUGUUGAAGACUUUUGAACUGUCCUUUAAGUUCAAAUAUGUUCACAUCCCAGCCAUUUUGAUAUGCAGUAGUCUUGUUUUCUAAGUAGUUUAUCAUUGUGUUUUAAAUUUCUGGUUCAAUAAUUAAGUUUUUCAAAAUA